UCAUUAUUCAUGAUUUUUUAACUCAUCGAGUUCUAUUUUGAUAAGCGCUCAGAUAUGUGUAUAAAUAGGGCUGAGGAGCAGUCAGAUUUUGUCUAAGCAGAUUAAUUGCAAAAGGGAGCGGGAAAUUACAACUUUCAAAAUGGCGAAUUCUACAAAAAUAAUUAGUUUCGACAAACUUUUCGCAGCGAUAAUGAAUAGACGACUGAACAUCAUUGCAUUCAUCGUGAUUUAUUUCGCCAUCUGCUGCGCAAGAGUUCGCCCUAACGAAUCAAAAUGUGUAGUUGUCAAAUUUCCCGCCAUCAGAGUCAAAUCAACCGACGACCGAUGCGGAUAUAUACGUGUAGCCAUGAAUCAAUGUGUUGGCGCUUGUCGAUCUGUUGAUAAGUAUCCCUUGGGGAAGGGAAAAACAAUUUGCACUUGUUGUCAGCCAGUUGAUGGUAUAAAGCGAACCAUACAGAGAUCCGUUCUGUGUUGGAGUAAUAAAGGGGAUAUGGUCACCACUGUACAAAAUUUUACCAUUUGGGAACCCACAGUGUGCUCUUGUCGGAAUUGCGGAAGCCUAACGCAUUAUUAGAUGCUCCUCAAGCAAAGUGGACAUAUGCUAUCUAUAUGUGGUAUUCGAUCAGUGGUCAAACGCAUUGUUAAAGACAUCGUAAUAAAAUGCCUUCAUAGCGAAUGAAAAAAAAUACUGAAAAAUACUGUUCAAGUCAAAACACUCAAAAAUUUGCUUCCCUGUACGCAUGUUAAGAAAAGAAGCUAGUCGAUAUAUCGGACUGCGUAUGCGUUGCCUUGUCUGACUUGAUUAUAACUUGCUUCAUUGUUUAUAUCCUUACAAUCCUUUGUGACCCUCGUUUUUUUAAGCACCAUCUCAUUUUGGGUUAGUUUAUCCAACGUUGAAGUUCUCAAAUUUUCCUACUGUUUGCUUUUGCAGUCUGGGCUGUCCGAUAAUGUCGAAAAUCGCCCCAUGUUGAAAAUAAACCUUGCGUAACUUAAAGGUGCUAUUUUAGACGCGACGUCGAUCUUGGUUAAGGAAAUUUAAUAAUUAUAAAAACACAAACAUUAUAAUAUUUAAAGAUUUUUAAGGAUAAUUUAUUUAUUACAAUCAAGUAAAUAUAUUUUGUAUUUUACACUAAAC